GAAAAAUUGAGAAUAUGUAGUUGUAUGAAUAAAUCUUAAAAGAAAAUAUGUGCGACUGUUCAGCAAAGAAAAACGAUAAGAAGGAAAUACCAAAAACGGUGACUCUUUUCGAAAAAUGUCGAAAACCUUACAGAGCAGGAAAAAAUAUCGAACUAUAUAGUACAAAUGAUGGCUUGAACGAUAAAAAACAAGAAAUUCAAUUUCUACAAAAAGAAUCAUACGAUGCAGUCUGCUGCAAUUCGUUGCAACAGCUUUCAUUGUCCGAGUGUUCCAGCGAUUCAACUAGAUUGUACAAAUUCGUGAGUCCACGAACUAUCAAAUAUUAUGGAGACGAAGAAGAAGAAGAAAAACCAUUACCGUUCAUUUACAAGCCAUGUAUGACGUUACCAGAUGAAGUUGAGAAAGAACCAGAUAUCGAACACACUCUAGCGAUCAUUAAACCAGAAUCAAUGAUUUACAGAAGACAAAUCGAGCAACGAAUAUACGAGGAAGGUUUUGAAAUAUGUCAAACGCGUUGGUUACAAUUAACACCCGAGCAAGCGUCUGAUUUUUAUUCAGAUCAUUACGGACAAGCCUGGUUUGCUCAUCUCAUUGCUUACAUAUCUUCUACUCCAAUCAUAGUAUUCGUGCUAGCCAAGCAUCAUGCUAUUCACGAUUGGAGAUUUAUUAUGGGUCCCAUGAAAAUCGCAGAAGCUCGAUUAUAUUUUCCCGACAGCCUAAGAGCAAAAUAUGGUAUAAGAGGUGAAGAUUUUAAAAACGCAGUACAUGGAAGCUCGACUCGCGAAAACGCUGAGAAAGAAAUACAUUUUUUCUUUCCCGAAACUGUGAUCGAACCUUUGCUGGUAGGCCAGUCACUCAUUGAAUAUUUGUGGGAAACGAUUAACCCAAUUCUGACGGAAGGUCUAACUCUGUGCUGCAAAUUGAAACCAGCCGAUCCCUUAUUAUGGCUCGCUCAUUGGCUCAUAUUAAACAAUCCUAACAAGCCACGAUUACCCGAAGACUUAGCAUUGAUUCCAACAUAAAAAACGCAAACAAAAAGUCACGUAAAAUAUCCUUUCCAAAAAGGAAAAAACAGAAAAAUAAAGAAUGUUAUUAUCUUACCUACGAGAGUGAUUUCUCUGGA